GAAACCAAAAUCUAGACUGAAUCAGAGGAACAGAAGCUAUGGCCCUCUACUUCUCCUUGUUGGUCGUCUGUAUCGUCACAGUGGCCGGUUCUACGUGUGGGGACAGGAAUUCCUGUUCCUUGGAACUAUUCGAGUAUGAAAAUUGUGUCAAAACACAACACACAGCGAUGGAAGUCCGGCUUCACUCACUGGAAACUGAAAUGAAAAAGAUCCACGAAGAGACCAGUCUAGAAGUGUCCUUCUUCUGUGGUCUUAGUGCAUCUGUCACACCUGUCAUGGGACAUUUAAAAUUUGACAACGUCAUGCUCAACAAGGGCGAUGGUUACAACGGCACCACUGGUGUGUUUACCGCCCCUGUCAAUGGCGUCUAUUCCUUUACACUUACAAUAAGCCUACCCCAGCCUGAAGAAGCGACGGAUUACUUUCGAAUGCAUAUAAUGAAAAACAAAGAGAUUAUUGGGUACCUGUUCAUAGAGUGGGAAGGCAAAUGGACAAAGAGGUCUGAGAACGUUUUGGUCGACCUUCAGAAAGGAGACCGAGUUCACACCAUGGUAGCCACCGUUCCGGUUGGAUUCACACAAAUAGGGGGGAACUCUACAUAUCCUGGAACCCUCUACAGCUCACACUUCGCAGGAUUCUUAGUUAAGCAUAAACAUGAGCACUGAAACAUUUUAGCAAACCAAUUUUUACUACUUCAUUAUUGGAAGUAAGAGGUUUGCGAGACAGAACUACGUUUCGAGUGUGUUUUUUUUUUGUUCAAUGCAUCAAAAAUUAAAAAUGACGAAAAAAA